AUGAAUCGACUUGUUUUCAAGGCCGCCCCCAGUUGCGGCCUUGCUUCGUCAGCACUUUGGCGGCCAGCGAGCACGAGCAGGGUCACGCUAGACCUGCUUCGGGGCUCGUUCUCUCACCAAUCGCGCUCGAAACGUGGUUUUGCCUCGACGACCACCGUUUUUGCCCAGCCUACGCGUGUAGCGCGUUAUCCUCGAUGGAUAAACGACAAGGGCCACGAGGAAGGCGCGGAGAAGCCACCUGUGAAGACGGAGUCUGAAAACGACGAGGGAAGAGACGAGAGUAGCGGGAGCUCGGGAGAAAGAGACCCCAGUGAUUCUUCUUCCAGCUCUGACUCUCCUCCCCCUUCAGACUCGAGCUCAGACCCACCUCCCUCUGCACCCCCUUCAUCUAGCUCCCGCUCUCCUCCACCCAACACACUCGCGAAGCAAUCCAUACCGGAAAACUACCCACUCGUCCUCGCUCUUCCCAUUGCUCGUCGACCGCUUUUCCCUGGCUUCUACAAAGCCGUCGUCAUUCGAAACCCCGCUGUUGUCGCAGCCGUUAAGGACAUGAUGCGUCGCGGCCAGCCAUAUCUUGGCGCUUUCCUCCUCAAAGACGAAAAUGCCGACAGCGAUAUCGUUACGGAUUUGGACAGCAUCCACAAAGUCGGUGUCUUCGCGCAAAUCACAAGCGUAUUUGCCGCUGUUGGGAAGCCAGGACCCAAUGGAGAGCCGGAGGAAGAAGGGCUGACGGCUGUUCUUUACCCUCAUCGCCGAGUUGUCAUUAGCGAGCUGCACAAGCCUGGUUUAGCCCAACUUGAGCCGGCUCCAGAGGACCCGCAAAGCGCUGCCGCCCCCGAGAAUCCUUCGCCUCCCGCCGAAACUCAGGAAGCUGGUCCAGUGCAAACGUCGUUCCUUCACAAUCAUCCCAUCUCUCUCGCCUCCAUCACAAACUUGUCGAUAUUGCCGUUCGCGAAAGACGCCCCCACUAUACGCGCGCUUACCGGCGAGCUCAUCAACGUCUUCAAAGACGUUGCGCAGCUAAACCCCAUGUUCCGCGACCAAAUUACCAACUUCUCGAUAAACCAAGUUUCUGCCAAUAUCUUCGACGAGCCAGAUCGUCUGGCCGACUUUGCGGCUGCAGUCAGCUCGGGCUCGGUGCAGGAGCUGCAGGAUGUGCUGGAAAGCCUGGACGUGGCGGAUAGGCUGCAAAAGGCGCUUUUGGUUUUGAAGAAGGAAUUGAUCAACGCGCAAUUGCAGUCGAAACUCAGUCGCGACGUCGACUCGAAGCUCGCGAAACGCCAACGAGAGUACUAUCUCAUGGAGCAGCUUAAAAACAUCAAGAAGGAGCUGGGCAUGGAGAGCGACGGGAAGGACAAGCUACUCGACAAGUUCCGCGAGCGGGCAGCGAAGCUGAAAAUGCCGGAGGUUGCGAAGAAAGUGUUUGAGGAGGAGAUGAACAAGCUUGCGGGUCUCGAGCCGGCCGCGAGCGAGGCGAAUGUGACGAGGAACUACUUGGACUGGAUAACUCAGAUUCCUUGGGGCUCGCAUACGCCUGAGAACUUCUCGCUCAAGCAUGCUCAGGGAGUUCUUGACGCGGACCAUUACGGACUGGCGGAUGUCAAGGACCGCAUCCUCGAGUUUUUGGCUGUUGGCAAGUUGAGAGGAACUUUGGGGUCAACGACUACAACGUCUUCUGGUGACACUACCACGCCCGCUCCAAAUCACCCGAAAGUCCAGGGCAAGAUUCUUCUACUUACUGGUCCGCCUGGUGUCGGCAAAACCUCCAUUGGCAAAUCGAUUGCGCGCGCGUUGGGACGACAAUUCUUCCGGUUCAGCGUUGGUGGCUUGACCGAUAUCGCAGAGAUCAAGGGUCACCGAAGGACCUACGUUGGUGCGCUUCCUGGCAAGAUUAUCCAAGCCCUGAAACGCGUGGGGACGUCUAACCCCCUCGUUCUCAUUGACGAGGUCGACAAGAUUGGGAGGGGCAUCAAUGGCGACCCUGCGAGUGCCCUGCUGGAAAUGCUGGACCCCGAGCAGAACGACGCGUUUUUGGACCACUACAUGGACAUUCCCGUCGACCUUUCCUCCAUCCUUUUCGUCUGUACCGCCAACACCCUCUCUACUAUCCCCGCCCCGCUUCUCGACCGGAUGGAGGUGAUAGAGGUUUCCGGCUACGUGACGGAGGAGAAGUCCGCCAUUGCGAGUCGGUAUCUUGUCCCGCAGGCCAAGGAGUCGUCUGGUCUUAGUGGGGCCGAUGUCGCAAUCAGUCCAGAGGCCGUCGCUGUCCUGAUUCAGGAUUACUGUCGCGAGAGUGGUGUCCGUGGAUUGAAGAAAGCCAUCGAGAAGAUCUAUCGCAAAGCGGCACUUAACAUCGUUCGCGACCUUGGCGAAGAUGUCUUCCCCGAACCCGCUCCAGAAAAACCAGUGAACAAUGUAGAAUCGACCACGCCUUCGCCAAAUGAGCCUUCGACUGUCCCGGUUGACGAAAGCGAUUCGGAUAGCGACUCAGAAAGCGACUCGGACAGCGACAGCGACACUGAAGCUGCAUCACCCAAGCCCCAGUCGCCGACUCCAAGUGAAACGACUGCGCCGGUGACCACGCAGGAACGCAAACCGCUUCCUAUUCCCGACACGGUUCAUGUCCUCAUUACUCCAGAGAAUUUGAAGGAGUACAUGGGCCCACCGGUUUACCAGAAGGAUCGGAUGUACGACGACGUGAAGCGGAAGCCUCCACCAGGCGUCAGCACAGGCUUGGGGUACUUGGGCAAUGGGAGCGGGGCUGUUAUGCCGAUUGAGGUUGUGAGCAUGCCUGGUCGCGGCGGGCUCCAGCUUACCGGGAAACUCGGGGAGGUGAUCAGGGAAAGUGCGCAGAUCGGUCUGAGCUGGGUGAAGAGCCACGCGGACGUGCUUGGCAUUACGCCACCAGCUGCCUCGCUGAGCAGUGCAAGCGAGGACGGGAAGGCGCCCGUGACGACAACCGCGUUGCUGCUCGACAAUCGCGACAUUCAUGUGCAUAUGCCUGAGGGGAGCAUCGGGAAGGACGGGCCCAGCGCGGGGACGGCGAUUGUGUCUGCGUUUGUGUCGCUGUUCACCAAGACGAGGAUUAGCUCUGACAUUGCUAUGACCGGCGAGAUUUCUCUCGUUGGCCAGGUCCUCCCCGUUGGCGGGCUGAAGGAGAAGAUUCUUGCCGCUCAUCGGGCGGGGAUCAAGACGAUUGUCGCGCCUGCUGCCAACAAGGCGGACAUCGAGGAGAAUGUGCCGGCGAGUGUGAAGGAGGGCAUAAGGCUGGUGUAUGUCGAGGAUGUGAAGGAGGUGCUGCAUGAGGUGUUCAAGGGGGAGCCGAUUGUGGAGCGGUGGAAGGAGACGAUGCCCCUGGAGCAGGAGGAGGAGGCGAAAAACUGA